AUGGCUACUACUCUUCCACCUAAUAAUCGAAGACAAGACCCUUUGUCUGUCGAACGUGAAAAACAGAGUAUGGGAGAUAAAACUAUUUUAACUGUGUAUCGAGGAACUCAAAUUCCAAAAGAAGAAUUACAAAAAUUAAAAGAAAAUAUUGGUGAAGAAGUUUUAUUCAAUGUUAAUUCUCUCUUCAAAAUUCAUUCUAUUAAUUUUGAUUCGACACUCGGUUUACGGAAAGUAGAAUUCAAUACAACUGAAGAAUAUCUUAAAUUAGCUGAAUCACAAAUACAAGACUAUAUUCCAAUCAUUUAUUUUGGCCGUCUUCUGAUGUACGAAUUGGGUCAAGUAGAUCGAGCUGAGAAUUAUUUCAAUAUGUUACUCAAAUCACUUCCAUCUGAUCAUCCUCAUAUUGCAUCAGUUUAUAAUUAA